AUGGAUUAUCAUACCAAGAGCAUGCCUAAUCUAUUGUGGCUUACUGUUCUUUUAAUACUAGUCGAAGUGGUUUCGUGUGCUAGACAACAUCAUAAAAGUCUCUUCGCCAAAGAGGCAGAUCUCGUGACAGAUUUGCCCGGACAGCCUGAUGUGAGUUUCAGACAUUACGCUGGUUAUGUUCCUGUCGAUAAAUCCAACGGAAGAGCUUUAUUUUUUUGGUUCUUUGAGGCCAUGGAUCUCCCUAAAGAGAAACCUUUAGUUCUCUGGCUUAAUGGAGGUCCAGGGUGCUCUUCUGUGGGAUAUGGAGCAACACAGGAAAUUGGUCCGUUUCUAGCGGACACCAACGAAAAGGGACUUAAAUUUAAUCCAUACGCAUGGAAUAAAGAGGUCAACAUGCUGUUUUUAGAAUCUCCCGUUGGCAUUGGGUUUUCGUAUUCAAACACAACUAGCGAUUAUCUAAAUCUUGAUGAUCACUUUACAAAAAAAGAUGCAUACACUUUUCUUUGUAACUGGUUCAAGAGAUUCCCAGAGCACAGAGGAAAUGAGUUCUAUAUUGCAGGAGAAAGUUACGCAGGAAUAUACGUACCUCAGUUAGCAGAGGUUGUGUACGAUAACAAUAAAAAGAACAAUGAUUUGUCGCUUCACAUCAAUCUUAAGGGUUUUUUGUUGGGGAAUCCUGAUACAUCAAAUCCAGAUGAUUGGAGAGGCUGGGUGGAUUAUGCAUGGAGCCACGCAGUGAUAUCGGACGAGGCACAUAGAAACAUAAACAAGUUGUGCAAUUUUAGCAGCGACGAUGUUUGGAGCAAUGUUGAGUGCAAUGAAGCCAUGGCAGAAGUUGACAAGCAGUACAACGAGAUCGAUAUCUAUAGCAUCUAUACCUCCGCUUGUAAAGGAGUUUCUGCGGAAUCGUCUUACUUGGCAUCAGCACAAUUCAAAACAAAUUAUCACAUAAAAUCUAAGAGGAUGCCACGAAGGCGCUUGGGUGGAUAUGACCCAUGUUUAGACGAUUACGUGAAAAUAUAUUAUAACAGAGCCGAUGUUCAGAAAGCUCUUCACGCAAGUGAUGGAGUUAAUCUCAAGAACUGGACCAUUUGCAACAUGGAGAUCUUUCAUAACUGGACUUAUUUAGUGACCUCAGUAUUGCCUAUAUACGAUAAACUCAUCGCGGGAGGAUUAAAGAUAUGGGUUUACAGUGGUGACACAGACGGAUGUGUUCCAGUACUCGGAACUCGGUAUAGCUUAAACACACUUGGCUUACCCAUAAAGAAAGCUUGGAGACCAUGGUACCAUGAGAAACAGGUAAGUGGGUGGGUUCAAGAAUAUGAAGGUCUAACAUUUGCUACGUUUAGAGGAGCUGGACAUACAGUGCCUAGCUUCAAACCAAGCAGCUCCUUCGCUUUUUUCUCGGCCUUUAUCAAAGGGGUUCCUCUGCAGUCCUCACGGGUAGAGUCGAAAAUCCAGGAUUAA